AUGGAAACUUCUGGUCUCUUCAUUCAGCUGCCUGGAGGGAACCUGAAGCUCACUCUCUACCAGUAUAAAACGUGUCCUUUCUGCAGCAAAGUCCGAGCUUUUCUUGAUUAUCAUGGACUGCCCUAUGAAAUUGUGGAAGUGAACCCGAUAAUGAGGAAAGAGAUCAAAUUCUCUUCCUACAGAAAGGUGCCUAUCCUGCUAGCCAAUGCUGGGAGCCCUCUGCAAUUGAAUGACUCCUCGGUGAUCAUCAGUGCAAUAAAGACCUAUCUCGUUUCCAAGAGGAAUAGCUUAGAAGAGAUUGUGUCCUUUUAUCCUCCGAUGAAAACUGUGACUGAGCAAGGCAAGGAGGUAUUUGAGUAUGGGAAUAAAUACUGGCUCAUGCUGGAUGAGAAGGAGACAAAGCGAGUCUAUCCUGUCAAAGAAGUGAGAGUGGAAGAAAUGAAGUGGAGAAAAUGGGCAGACGAUUGGCUUGUUCACCUCAUCUCCCCCAAUGUUUACCGUACUCCGAGAGAAGCCUUGGCAUCUUUUGAUUACAUUGUCCGUGAGGGGAAGUUUGGCACUGUGGAAGGUUUCUUUGCCAAGUACAUGGGGGCUGUUGCUAUGUUCUUUGUUAGCAAGAGGCUGAAGAAAAGACAUCACCUUCAAGAUAAUGUCCGAGAAGACUUGUAUGAAGCUGUCAAUGAGUGGGUAAAAGCUGUUGGCAAACAUCGACCGUUCAUGGGUGGAAAUCAGCCCAACCUUGCUGACUUGGCGGUGUAUGGGGUCCUCCGAGUCAUGGAAGGGCUGGAAGCCUUUGAUGACAUGAUGGUUCACACCAAGAUUCAGCCUUGGUACCUGCGCAUGGAAGAAGUCAUUAAAAAAGCUGCAGCUGCCAUCUGAUGCCAGCUGCAGCUGCCUUCCUGAAGUACUUGCAUGGUAAAACACUUCAGAAGGAACGGCGUUUCUUUUUUAAGAGUUGAAUGGACUGGUC